AGUAUAGCGAAGAGAUGUGAAACCAUCAGAGACUUACAAAAUCAAUUCUAUAAAAAUUGCUAUUAAAAUUAUUAUUGAUUCUUUCUUUCUUACUUUCUUUCUUUUUAUUUAUUUAUUUAUUUUUUGUUCAUAUAGUGUGCGCCUCCCUGUCUGUGGCGGCACUAUUCACCCUCCAUACCGAAGCGCGCAUACAGCCGUUCCAAAGCGCUCGCUCCAUAAAAGAAGGGCGCUAACCAGGAGCGGUACAAUUAUUUCUAACACACGUGCAGCCUUUUCCGCACCACACAGCACGGAUGACGGGACAUGAUGAGAGAAGAAGCGGACUAAUAAACGUGUUUUUGAAGGAUGCAAUUAUUCAGCGUCAGUAUGAAGCAGUCUUAAGAAGAGCCUUAACAAAUACUCAACACUGUGGACACAUGGAGUCCACAAGCCAAGAAUAAAUCAUUCCAGAGACAAGUCCGAGAGAGUGCUGACCACAACAAAUUCACCUUGAGCUAUAAACACUGUAAUCACGCCCCUCAGAGGGGAGAUGCCAGUCUUGCUUAAUGCCGACGCCUCCUUCAGCUCCAAGCAGGAGCUCUUGGACCUGCAGGAUUGCCCUCUCGGUGGAGGUCCCUCUCUGGACACACCCAGUCCCCCUGAGUCCCAGAUAGGUAGUCCAGUAGGCUCAGGCCCCAGAAGCCCUGGCAGCCCUGGAAUUGAUGGCCCCAUGCGGCCAUGCAUUUUCACUGGAGCUUCCACACUCCCAGGGCAGCUUUAUGGGGUGGAACCAAAACCCCAUGCAGAGACUCCCAUGGGGCUAAAGCUGAUCUCCACUGACUCAGAUCAACUAUGUGGCUGGGGGGCUCUGACGCCCAAAGCUAUCCAAGUUUUCAACACCCCUCAUUGGGUGCUCUUUUUCCUUUGCAUGGCCUCUUUCUUCCAGGGGAUGAUAAUCAAUGGCUUCAUUAACACAGUGGUCACCUCCAUCGAGAGGCGUUUUGACCUACGCAGCUACCAGGCCGGCCUGAUCGCCAGCUCCUAUGACAUCGCCGCCUGCGUCUGCCUGGCCUUCGUCAGCUACUUCGGGGGGACAGGACACAAGCCUCGCUGGCUGGGAUGGGGAGUACUGAUCAUGGCAUUAGGUUCUUUAGUGUUUGCCUUGCCUCACUUCACCACACCUCCCUACCAGGUCAGUCUGCCUGAACAAACAGGAAUGUGCUCUGCGAACCGUACCAGUCCGUGCCGGGACAAGGAGGGCGGAGGAUUGUCCAGCUAUCGUUUCGUCUUCAUGCUGGGACAGUUUCUACAUGGUGUGGGUGCUACGCCCCUCUACACUUUAGGGGUCACAUACCUGGAUGAGAACGUCAAGUCCAAUUAUGCACCUGUUUAUAUUGGGGUCUUCUACACUGCAGCCAUUGUGGGACCAGCAGCAGGCUACCUGCUGGGAGGAUACUUCCUCAACAUUUACACUGAAAUCCACCUGACGACAGAGCUGACUCCAGAGAACCCUCUGUGGGUCGGGGCUUGGUGGAUCGGCUUCCUUGCAGGAGGAGCAGCAGCUCUACUGAUAGCAUUCCCCAUCCUAGGUUAUCCACAACAGCUCCCAGGCUCUAAGGAGUACGUGGCCAUGCGGGUUUCUGAGGCUCACCAGCUGAAGGACGGAAGCCACACGACAGCCUCGGACCCUCAGUUUGGCAAAUCAGUCAAAGACAUGCCGAGAUCUGUGCUGCUCCUCCUUAAGAAUCCCACCUUCCUGUUUCUGUGCUUAGCUGGAGCUACUGAGGCCACCCUCAUCGCCGGCAUGUCUACCUUCGGUCCAAAGUUCCUGGAGUCACAGUUUAGUCUCAGUGCGUCGGAGGCUGCCACAUGGUUUGGAUACAUGGUGGUCCCAGCAGGAGGUGGUGGCACCUUCCUGGGCGGCUACAUCGUGAAAAGAUUGAACCUGCGCUGUCGAGGAAUCAUCCGUUUCUGCAUGAUGUGUGCACUGAUCAGUCUGGUCGCUAUCUUCAUCUUUCUCAUUCACUGCCCCAAUGUGCCCAUGGCUGGUGUCACAGCACCGUACCAGUCUGGUUUGAUGGAGCAACAUCAACUGGACCAAUACAAACACCUAUAUGACACGCCCAGAAAGCUGCACCUUAGAAACAGCUCCUAUCUGGAGGAGAACCUGACAGUGGAGUGUAAUGCAGGCUGUAGUUGUGUCAGAGAGCUGUAUAACCCUGUGUGUGGAGCAGAUGGUGUGAUGUAUUACUCCCCCUGCCAUGCCGGCUGCAGCUCCAUCAACCACACAGAACGCUCCACAGGCAGACAGGUGUACUCUGGAUGUAGCUGUGUGGUGGGUAAUGUGUCCUGGGGCGAGGAGGGCUUCGCUCUGGCAGGGAAGUGCAGCAGCUCCUGCCACCACAUGCCAGCAUUCCUCUCCUUCCUCUUCAUCCUCAUCUCCUUCACCUUCCUCUGUAGCAUCCCUGCACUCACCGCUACACUCAGGUGUGUGCCAGACAGCCAGAGAUCCUUUGGACUCGGCAUCCAGUGGAUUGUUGUGCGCACAUUCGGUGGUAUUCCAGGACCCAUAGCAUUUGGUUCUGUGAUUGACAUCUCCUGCUUACUGUGGCAGGAUCAGUGUGGUGAGCAGGGCUCCUGUUACCUCUACCAGAACUCAGCCAUGAGCCAGUACACACUCGUAGCUGGCAUCAUCUAUAAGGUUUUGGGAACAAUCUUUUUCCUACUAGCGAGCAUCCUCUACCAGCCUCCUCCUGAGUCGCCUCAAAGCAGCUGUGAGAGCACCGACCACGGUGUAGGAGACAUGAGUGACCUGCCUGUUAAAGACCUGCCUGAAGACGGGGUCAUUGUCAACCCGCACGCCAGGUUAUGAUGUGAGAGACCUCCCCACCACCGUUUUGCUGAGUCCCCUGACUGUGUGUAUGUAUGUGUGUGUGUAGGUGCUGCUUAAUGCUGAGUGUGUGAAUGUGUGUUUGGGUGGUGAUGGGAUGGAUGGAUGCCUCUCUUUACCAACAGCCUUCUCUCAGCCAUAAUGACACCACCCACCAACAUACACAUGCGUGCAUGCAAACACACAAACAGCAAAUUCAAACAACCCCAAGAUGCCUUCAUGCACAUGUCCAAACACACACACACACACACACACACACCUUACUAUAGUACAUGAUGACUUCUGACAUGCUGCUCUCUUGGGAGAUAAUCCUGCUGUGACUGCAUGUGUGUGUAUCAGAGUGCCACACCAACUUUUUAUGUACUGAGAAGCAUUUUUACAGAUAUCUGAAUAUUAAAAUCAGUUCAAAUGACUUUUUAGAAUGUACGUCCGAUGACAUUUCUGUUUCAUAUGUUAUGCCAUUUUCUUUCAAAAGACAACGAAAGAGCUCAGACCUGUGUGGUGUGUAUGACAUACCAUGUGAAUGAAGCAUUUAUGAUGUGGAAAACAGGCAUUUCUGUCCGUCCUCUUCUGUUCUGUGUUGUUACAGGAACCUGGUCACUGUUGUUACUGUUAAUGCUGCUGUAUGCUGUACAAGGUCUUCAGGCCUGUAGUAAAGAAGCCAACUCACUUUCAUAUCAUGCGUCAUAUUUUAAGCCAAGAGUAUCUACAGGCACUUAUAUUAACAUCGUGUUGAUAUAGAUUAUCGGUCACACUCUACAGCAGCACAAAUAUAUUUUCAAUUAUAAAGCACAUGUGUAUUUUUGAUAGCUACUCAGACACAUGUACAGGAGAUUUAUGACACUCAUUGACUUGUAUUUAAAAGUAGUAAUACAGAGAAAACCGCAAAGGCUUUGUGAGCCACAUGAAACGGAUGCAUUUGUAGAUUUUGCUGCCAGUGUUUAGAAGAAAGAGCUUUGACGCUUCAUUCCAUAGAAACUGCAUAGCUGCACUUUAAAGCAAAGAAACACUGAAAGGUUUAGAAAGUGUGUUGACACAAUGAAGGCCUCCGUACAGCAGCAUUUAAAAGUGAACAAUCGUGCAACAAAAAUCAAUUCUUUGAGUCACGUUCAGCAACAAAAAAAGUCCAAACUGGAGGAAGUCAUUGUAGCUCGUCAGCUGUGUUCCACCAUCAGCUUUUGACUACUUCUGUUUUUGGCUGAUGAACAUCAGGGCUUGACAAAAAAAAAAAAAAAAGAUGAUUUUGUGGGUGAGUGGAGGAGCAGCGUGUCAUUCAGGCCCGUCUAAUAAAAUCAGAACAGAUUGGAUCAAAUGAGAGUAGAGCUUAAAAGUUGAAAAACGCCUUUUUAGAAGUGAUCUUGCAUUAUUUGGCAUGUAUGUCACUAACAGAACAAUACAUUCAUAAAUAUAAUAAACAGUUUAUACUGAGACAAAUUGCGUGGAUGGUGCAACAUAGCUUACCUUCCUCCAUAUUGGACUCUCCGUCAGCAUCAGCUGAACACAGCUGUGGUUCAGUUUUUUUAAAUGCUGCUGUCACGGUGCCUUCAGGAUGGAUAUUCUAAGAAGUAACUUGUAAGUUGAAGCUGCCGGGCGGUGCACAAUUGGCCUGACAUGCAGUAUUAUAAAUCAGCACUGUUAUUUGGACCUAAUUAUCACAGUACUGUAAGUCCACAAAUGUGCCAAAGCAGCUUUGCCUAACAACUCUUGUAUUUUAUGUAUCAUUGACCUUAGUUAUGCAAAUAAUUUAUUUCUAAUAUUUCAGCACUUAUAUUUGUUUAUUUUGUUUUGCAUUUACUGUGUGAAGAUAAAAAGGAAUGCUGCCAUGGGUCGUCUUCUCUAGUCUGUGUUUUCUGUGAAACACGAGUUAACAGCUGACUCUAUGUUGCCUGUGUUGUUGUGCUUUCAGCUCAUGGUGAACGGUCUGAUCUCCAUGUGAAUGUUUAAAUGCAGCCCUGUUAGUUGUGCUUUUCAAUCAGUCCCCGAGCUUUGACAGAGCACUCUGUGAACUGAU